CUUAGUUGACUUGUUUUCUUAUCCGGGUUUUGGUUGAAGCUAAAAGACAUGGCAGAGAAGAGAAGCAGUGGAGAAGAAGUGAUGAUUAACGUUCACAGUGAAAGUGAAGAGAAUCUCAAAGGUCUAAAAGGGUCGCCUCCGAACGAAAUAGAUGCAUUGGACCCUCAACAAAAUACUCAAGCUUCACCCGCUGCUGAUAAGCCACCAACUGUCGCAACUAAAAAAGUUAAACGGCGUUAUAAGAGGAAGCUUAAGAAGCGAGUUAUGAUCGAUUGGGUCAUAUUUUUGUUACUCUUGGGGUGCUUAAUAGCUAGCUUGACCGUGGAUAAACUGCACAACACCCGUUUCUGGGAUUUGGAAACUUGGAAAUGGUGUGUGCUUGUGAUGGUGACAUUCUGUGGUAUGUUGGUUACUGGUUGGUUUGUGCGUCUUGUUGUUUUCUUGAGUAACGUUUUACUGAGGAAGAGAGUGAUGUAUUUCGUUCAUGGUUUGAAGAAGAGUGUUCAAGUGUUCAUAUGGCUUAGUUCAGUUCUUGGUACCUGGGUUCUUUUGUUUCUUGACGUCGAGAGAUCGAAGACCGUCACGAAAAUUCUCGAUUACGUAACCUGGGCUCUUGUAAGCAUUCUCAUUGGAGCAUUUCUACUGUUGUUGAAGACAUUGCUGCUAAUGAUGUUCACUUCCAGUUUCCAUAAGAACAAUUUCUUUGAAAGAAUACAAGAAUCAGUCUUUCAUCAGUACAUAAUUCGGACCCUUUCGGGACCUCCGUUGAUGGAGAAUGCUGAAGAAACGGAAAGGUUGAUUGACACGGGAAAGCUCCAUAGAUUGACGCAAGAAAACGUAUCAUAUUGGCACAUGAAGGUGUUGGUUGAUGAUAUCACCAAUUCAAGGCUUACCAUAAUCUCCAACGCCUUAGACGAAAGUAGCUGUGAUGAAGAUGGUGAACAAGAAGAUAAAGAAAUCACUAACGAGAAGGAGGCACGAAGUUGUGCUCAUAAAAUAUUCAUAAACGUUGCUCCACCUCCAAAUGAUCAUAAUAGUUACUUUGAUAAGGAUGACCUUUUAAGGUUCAUGACUAAAGAGGAGGUGGAUAUUGUGUUUCCAUUGUUCGAAGGAUCAAAUAAUGGAAAAAUUGACGGGAACGUAUUCACGAACUGGGUGACAAAUGUUUUCAGGGAACGGCGAGCACUCGCACUCACUUUGUUUGACACCAAAAAGGCUUUAGAACAAUUGAAUAAACUUGUCUCGGCGAUCUUGAUUGUGGUCACUUUUAUUAUAUGGCUUCUUCUGGUGGGAACUGCAACCACAAGAGUGCUUCUUGUAAUUGCAGCUUUUUUGUUCGGAGAAACCUGCAAGACUAUAUUUCAAGUCGUCGUAUUCGUAUUCGUGAUGCAUCCAUUUGAUGUCGGUGAUCGUUGUGCGGUCGACGGUGUCAAGUUUGUUGUUGAGGAGAUAAAUAUUUUAACGACCACCUUUCUCAAGGGCAAUAACGAAAAGGUGUACUACCCGAACUCAGUUUUGUAUUCAAAGCCUAUCAGCAACUAUUACAGAAGCCCUGACAUGGGUGAUUCUAUAGAGUUCUGUAUUGAUUUAAGGACACCAGCAGAAACAAUAGGCACGCUGAAGAAAGAAAUAAAGAGGCAUUUGGAGGCCAAUGGUACCAGAUGGCAUCCUCAACACCUUGUGGUUGUGACCGAGAUUGAGAAUGACAAUAAGUUAAAGAUGGCUCUCCAUUGUUGUCAUACCAUGAACUUCCAGGACCUGGCAGAGAGGAUAGAGCGUCGAUCCAAUUUAAUCGACGAGUUGAGGAGAAUUCUGGAGGGGUUGAGUAUUAGGUACAGUAUCCUUCCCGAAAAGGGUAGUCGAAAUCAAGUCACUCAAGACAGGCCAGAAGCAACAAAUGCCAUGUUUGAAGAAUAGAAAACAACUUAACAAGAAA